CUUGACAUGACCUUAAGACUUAUUUUAGGCAGCCGGGACUGAUGGCUUAACGUGAUACUUUAUAGUUUUAUCGUCAUUCAACAUGAUAACAGUUUUCUCAACAUAUUUAUCUUGUUGAACAUUGUUCAAUAUAUUCGUAUAACUGUUUUUUCCUGAGUAUGUUAUCAAUUGUGACUUCUUGGACAGAGAUAGCUUGUCAGAGCCUGACAAGCUACCACCACCUACAGCCAUGAAAGUCUAUUCAUUGGAUACGCUGAGGACAUUCAUGAAGAGAAAGAUGCCCGACUCAAGACUACCAGCUGUUGAUUACCAACAUGAUAAUAAAUAUUGGAUACACAUUAAUGGAGGAUACAUAGCCGGCCCCAGUGUCUAUCAAGUUGGCAGACUCUGGGAUGAAGUGUAUGUGGCUGACAACAGAGAUCCUUUAAUCUGUCUACAGGACCAAUGGAACACAAAGACGGUAUUUGAGAACAAUGAAAAAUACAACAAUUACAAUUACAUUCUCCCCAGAGUGAUUGAGUUCUAUGGAGGAAAGAUGUACGAACUUGACCUUCAUUCCAUAAGGCAAUUAAUAUCAGAAAUUGGCCUCAGAGUUUGGAUAUGCACUCACGAGAAGGAUACAAUCCUCAGACUGGAGUUGUCAAUGGAAAUUCCUGCAGCUAAUAUAUCCGGCAUCAUACAUCCUCAAACUGUUAACAUAAGGCAAACAUAUUAUGACCAAUCACAUAAAAUUCCCAUCAUGCAGCUCAAAGAGACAUUCUAUGUCAGUGCUAGUACUUCAAAAAUAAUCAAAUAUGACGGGGAAUUGGCCCUGAUUGACAACAUGAAGCUUGACAAAAUAACCGGAACGGGUCUACAAGUGCCAGUUACUGGAGAGCCAGCUCCAAGCAAAACAAGUUCCGGAGUUUUCUCAUCCAUUAGAGGUUGGUUUCGUCCUAAAAGUGGCAGAGUCAAGCCAUGAUGAAUAUCUUGUGUGAAUACUUCAAGCUGUUAACAUAGGUUGAAUGACAAGUGUUGGUGUAAUAUUCAUGAGAUAUUAGAUUAAAUGAUUUGUGAAUGUUUCCUAUUUUAGUGAUAAUGUGAAA